AUGCUCCCAGACCACCUCUGGCCAGUCCUCUUCUGCCUCGCCCUCCUCCUCACCAUCGUCAUCUUCGCAACCCUCCUCUACACCGUCACGAGCAUCCUCCUCGAGCGGCACAACGACGAAGCCCAGCGCGCGGCGAGAGAGUCUUCGCCUGACGAGGGAUACCGCACCUUUGAGCGGUCUUUUGGCCCGGGAGAAGACGAUGAUGAGAUUAGGCCUGCGGCGGCGAGGAGGAGCAACACCGGAGGGUCGCUGGUCAUUCCGAAUAGGUUCUUGAAUCGCGAGGGCUUGAGGGGCGAUGGCGGGCGGCGGUUGCGGCGGCAUGGGCAGACGUUUGCCGAGAGGAGGGAGACGUUUGACGAGAGGAGGGUGUCGAGGCCGCCGUCGGCGGCGCAGAGGGCUUUGAUGGGUGUGCGGGGGACGGCUAUGGAUGUGCGUGAGGGGGAGCGUGCGGAUAGUCUCGUUCGCCCGCCGGCCAGGGAAAGAGAUGGGAAGAAUCCGGCGAGGUAUGCGUAUGCUGGGGCGGAAGAGCCCAUGUUUGACAUGUCGGUUUGAA